UAGGGAUCCCAAAGCCCUCAGAACCUAUAUCCAGAUGGAGCUAGAUGUGAGAAGGGCUCAAGGCUGAGCUUUGGGGGACAGAAAUUUGGCCGCUGCAAUGGCCUCCCUGGCAGAGCUUUCCUUACCGUCCAUCAGCAACCUGGCCAGCCUGGGGCUGGGGCCCCUGCAGGACACACAGACCAGGAGCCACAAGAUAACAGUCUUAUCUGCUGCCUCCAGUCCCAUGGCCCAGGAAUGCUCUCCACAGUGGUGGCAAAUAGAUGAGGCUCAGGACGUGGAGCUCCAAGGUGCCAGUCACUGGCCCUACCAGGUGAAACAGGAACAUCGGGACCCAGGACCCUGGCCUGAGCAAGUUGAAGGGGACAGAGGGGCAGAGGGGGAUGACCCCUGCUGGGACCUGGAUUUCUUCCUCACCAACUUCCCUGGGCCAGGUCCCGGACCAGGGCCAGGACCAGGGUCAGGGCCAGGGUCUGAGCUCUGCCUAGCUCAUCCCUGUGGCCUGUUCCCUGAGGGCCCUGGCCUUGUGGCUGAGCUCCAUGAUCCUAAAGAGCAACCCAACUGGGGCUGCUCAGCGCCUCGGCCCAUGGCCACUGAGGCAGUGCCCUUUGGAACAAACCCUCUGCCCCCAGGCCCUAGCCCUGGUUUCAAAGUCCAGACGGGGCUACCCCAAUUCUCAGCCGCCUGUGUCAGGGAUGGAGGGGGAAGCUUCCCUCAGCCCAGGGCUGGAUAUACAGGGCCCGCAGCUCCAGUGAUGACCCCCUAUGGGUUGUUGGGGACAUACUCUGCCUUCUACCCAGCCCCUCACUACCAAGCCCGGUUUCAGCUGUAUCGUAGAGAGCCUGGACCAAGCUCCAGCCCUGGGCCAGGGCCCCUGGCUUUCCUGGGUCCCCCAGCACCCCCUGAGCCAGGGGAUGAGGCCUCUAGGCCUAAGCGGAGUCGUCGACCUUGGGCCCGGAAGCGCCAGGCAGCCCACACCUGUGGACAUCCAGGCUGUGGAAAGACUUACACCAAGAGUUCUCACCUCAAAGCCCAUCUAAGAACCCACACGGGGGAGAAGCCUUAUGCUUGCACCUGGGAGGACUGUGGCUGGAAGUUUGCCCGCUCUGAUGAGCUGACCCGGCACUACCGGAAGCAUACUGGGCAGCGCCCUUUCCAGUGCCAGUUAUGUUCACGUGCCUUCUCCCGUUCUGACCACCUCGCCUUGCACAUGAAGCGCCACCUGUGAGGCCCGACGGGCUAAGCCUGGCCUCCAAGAAUGGGAUGGAGCCCCAGGCAGAGCCUGGAAUGAGCCAUAGAGGGAGGCGAUCAAAUGCAAAGGCCUUGGACAGAGCCACGUUCCUGAUCAUGGAAGAAGCCAAAGACAGAGGGAGUCACAUGCGGAAGAACUCGGGCCCAGGGCACCUGGGAACAGAAGCACAAAAUGGUACAUAGAUGGAGAUCUUGAACCCAGCGCAGGGGCUGCUGUGUCCUUUGGUGGACCAGCCAAUGCCUGAGCAGGACCACCCUCAGCUCCAGGGACUGGACCCAUGGGGAGUGUUGUCUGUCCCUGGGGCCUCCAUGCUUCUGCCCUCACUCCCUUCUCCAGAUUCCCAUUGUGGCUUAGCAGAAGGGAUCACCUGUAGUCACAGGCUUCCCACCAACCCUCUAGCUGUCCUCUUCUGUGAUCACCAGACCGUUGCUGUGAAUGGUUAAUGCUCCCCAGCCCACCCUCACCCCUAACCCCAGCCUGCUCUUUGACAUGUGCAUUUUCCUCACCAGCCCAGGCCCAUGGUAUGGACAGUCCUGGGCAGGGCUCCCCAGAAUCUGUUUUGUAAAGAUGCCUGUUUCCCCUGCUGUUCUUGUAUAAAGUUUUGGUG